AUGAUCCCCCACCAACCAAAUCAAGGUUUUAAAAGAGAAGCAAAUGCCCAACACCAACAAACAUUAUCUACUUUACAAAAAGUUGUUAGAUAUGCAGAAAAAGAUGAUUUUCUUCUUUAUUUGACUGCUGCUUUUGGUAUUAUAAUGCCUGGAAUUAUGUAUUUUUUCUAUCGUUAUGUACAUAAUCGAUAUAAAAAUGCUCGAAAAAAUAAGAAAAAAAGUAAAAAUGAAUUUAAUAGAAGUACAACAAUAUUUUAUUGUGGAGAUUGUCCAGAAACUAAAGAAAUAGCCUAUAAAUUAACAGAAAAUUUACAUUUUGAUCCUUUUGUUGCCAAAUUGAGUGCUUUAGAAUUAGAAAAAGUCAAAAAUUCCAAAUCUUUACAUAUUUAUAUUUUAAACAAAAAUGUUUUUAAUCAAAAUUCUUCUUCAAUUAUUACUCGAUUUUCUGAAUUUGUGGAUUGGUUGGAUGAAUUAAAAUAUGAAAAAAGGGAAAGAAGCUAUCUCCGACGUACACAUUUUUUAAUAAUUUAUAUUAAUGAUGAAAAAGAAGAAGAGGAGGAAAAUAAUUUUAAUAAGGAAUUAAUUGAUUCUUUUGAAAAUAAAUUAAUUUCUCUUGAAUCAAAACAAUUAAAUAAAACAUUAAUUAUUGAAGGAAAGCAACAAUUUACUCUUGAAUUUUUUAAUAAAUUAAAUGAUUUGUUGAAACAAUUUAAUUAUGGAGAAUUUGAUUUAUUAGAUGCUGAAACUGAUAUUUACACGGAAAGUGAAAGUGAAUGA